UCCUCCUGCCAGUAACCAGGACUGGAUAGUGGGAGAAAAAGGAGCCCGUCAUGGGAGCGGAGGAGCAGGAGGAUGACAGAGCUCCUCCGGGGAGGGAAAAGCAGCAGAAAAGUUCAAAAGAAGUCUAUUUCAGCAUCCUGCCGGAUAGAUAUGAACCGCUGAUUGAGGAGGAGACAGAGGAGGAGAGGAGGAGGAGGAAGGAGGAGAAAAAGGAAAAGAGGAAAAAGAAAUACAAGACUUAUCGGAAGAAUGUAGGAAAAGCUCUGCGCUACAGCUGGCGCUGCCUGUUGGCCGGUCUACAGAACAUGGCGACCACAUACUCCACGCCACUCUCGGCUGUAGCCACGGUGGUGACAGAGAUCAACCAAGCCAGCAGCAGUAAAGCAUCAUGGGAAGCAGAAUGAUAACGAUGAAGGGAUCCCGAGAUUGAACCAAUGACAAAAGCGUGUUUACAUGUUUGUUAGCGUGGGGCUGUGGUUUAUUAUUCUGUGUCUUUGUUAUUAUACUGUGAGUUUUUAGGAUUGAACAGAGAUUGCAGAGUUUGUAAGUCCCAUUUUGAAAGUCCAAGCCUUAAGUCUCUGGACUCAAGCCCAUAUCCACAGCAUUUUUUAUCCGCUCCUGAUUCCGAUUGAUUAUGAAUAAAAAAUACUCAUGAAUCCCA